AACGACCAGGGGAGCAAAAGUCCAGGCAGAUAAGGAAGGUCAGAGAUUCUCAAAGGCUUUAAAAUGGAGCUUCUCAGCAGUGACCUGAAGCAGCAGCGCUGAUGUCUGGGGAGCGGGUCUCCUCUUAGAGCCGAGACCUCGGUGAGACUUUAGCUGAAGGACCAAUGUGGCAGGGUAGUCACUGGUGCCGCUCUUGCCUGCUUCCACCUUCAUUUUAUUUGCUGAAUCAGCUGCAAGUCCAGUGCUGUUUUCUUAUCUGUGGUGUUUAACGGCAGUAUCAGUGUAAACCUCACGUGAAUACAUGCUGCCUGCCCAAGGUGUCAGGACCUGCUGACGUGACUUCUGAGCUCUGAUUUUCCUGGUCAGUGGGACACUGGUGGCUCCAUGUCCCGGCUCCAGAGCUCCUGGGAAAUGCACCAGCAGAGCGUAGCGUAUCUUCCAGAUACAGACAUGGAGACUAUGGCUGCUAGCACAUCGCUUCCCGACCCAGCCGGCGAGUUCGACAGGAACAUGCCCCGUAUCUGUGGCGUCUGUGGGGACAGAGCCACUGGCUUUCACUUCAAUGCCAUGACCUGCGAAGGCUGUAAGGGCUUCUUCAGGAGAAGCAUGAAGAGGAAAGCGAUGUUCACGUGUCCCUUCAACGGUGACUGCAAAAUCACCAAGGACAACCGGCGGCACUGCCAGGCCUGCCGGCUGAAGCGCUGCGUGGACAUCGGCAUGAUGAAAGAGUUCAUCUUGACAGACGAGGAAGUUCAGAGGAAGCGUGAGAUGAUACUGAAGCGCAAGGAGGAGGAAGCACUGAGGGAGAGCUUGAAGCCCAAACUCUCAGAGGAGCAGCAGAAAGUCAUUGACAUCCUCCUCGAGGCUCAUCGCAAGACCUACGACCCCACGUACGCCGACUUCACCAAGUUUCGGCCUCCCGUGAGAAGCAACCCCAGCAACAGGGGUGCAGCAAGGUCCCCCUCCAUUCUCACCCAAGAUUUGUCAUCGGAGGACUCCACUGACCUCUUUGGCUCCGAUGCCUUCAGUACGUUUCCAGAGUCUGUGGAGCCCCAGAUGUUUUCGAACCUGGUCCUCUCCGAGGAGAAUGACGAGAGCUCCUCCAUGAACAUCGACUUCUCCCACCUCUCCAUGCUCCCGCACUUGGCCGACCUGGUCAGCUACAGCAUACAGAAGGUGAUCGGCUUUGCCAAAAUGAUCCCGGGAUUCAGGAACUUGGCAGCAGAGGACCAGAUCGCCCUGCUGAAAUCCAGCGCCAUUGAGGUGAUCAUGCUGCGCUCGAACCAGUCCUUCACCCUCGAGGACAUGACGUGGACCUGCGGUAGCAAUGACUUCAAGUACAGGAUCAGCGAUGUCACCCAAGCUGGCCACAGCAUGGACCUGCUCGAGCCGCUUGUGAAAUUCCAGGUUGGCUUGAAGAAGCUGAACCUUCACGAAGAAGAGCACGUGCUCCUCAUGGCCAUCUGCAUCCUGUCCCCAGAUCGCCCAGGUGUGCAGGACACCUCGCUGGUGGAAUCCCUCCAGGAUCGCCUCUCGGAGAUCCUCCAGACCUACAUCCGCUGCAGGCACCCUCCUCCCGGCAGCCGCCUGCUCUACGCCAAGAUGAUCCAGAAGCUGGCCGACCUACGGAGCCUGAACGAGGAGCACUCCAAGCAGUACCGCUGCCUCUCCUUCCAGCCCGAGCACAGUAUGCAGCUCACGCCGCUGGUGCUCGAGGUCUUCGGCAACGAGAUCUCCUGACUCCGGCCGUGGGGUUGAACCACCCACCAGUAAAGGGAUAAGUCAGCCUGGCUUCCCCAAGGCAGCGAGCGGAGGGACGUGACCCCGGGCAGGAGUUUUGUACAUAGACGGUUUGGUUUCACACUACUGGAGGUCCUGCUUUGUCUCCUCAUCCACGGCGCCUGAGGUUUGCCUGCUGCGGAGCGGUGACAGACCCAGAUCCGUGUGGUUUCCCCCCACUCCGCGAGCAGCUUUUCCGCUCGCCUGCCGUCUGGGAGAGCUGACUUAUCCCUUUAUGGAUAUUUUGAGUCUGGGUCGCCUCAAAUCACUUCUUUCUUGACCCGAAAAAUCGGGCUGCUUGGAAGGAGUAGUACUGUGGUGUUUUUGUGUGGGGAGAUGGACUCUACUCCCCUCCUAAAAUCUGCAAUGCUCGCCCCCCACCCCUGCUUUUAAAGGGAGAUGCUGAUUGAAUUGCACCCCCUCAAAGCCCUGCCAGAAAAUGCCAUGGGCUGUGUCCCCACAGACCAGUUAAAACCACUCCCGUGAACUGCUGUGAGACUGGGACGAAGCCAAAGACACCUGUAUCAGCCCCGAGAGGGGGAAUUUGUCCUCGGCCCUCAGAGGGAACAGCCGGACGAGCUGUAAUGAGCAAUCCCAACACUACUGCCUGGCUUUGGGGGAGCAGGGCUAUCUCGGGGCCACUCCUCCGCUCUCUGAGCUGACCCCCUUUGCUGCGGAUCUUGCGCAGGACCCGCGUGAUGCCCGCGCCCCGUGACGGCGUCGCGGGAAAGGACCGCAGUCCCGGCUCGGCUUCGGCACCUUGGGGUGUCCCGUGCCAUGCUGCAAGCAGGUGCUGGGGGCUCCUCUGUGCCCCCAUCCCCCCUCGGUGCUGGUGGAGCAACCCCUGGGGUGGGGGGCUUGGGGCUGGGGGGGGUCUCGGCGCCUGCACAGUGUCUGGGAGGGGUCCCAGCUCGCUGCCGG